AUGGGAUUAGGUAUUUGUUUAAAGCAAGAGGAUGCCUAUAAAACUCAAGUCCGAAUUGAUGAUGAACCAGCCUAUUUGGACAUUCUAGACACUGCUGGACAGGUAGAAUUCACAGCCAUGAGGGACCAAUACAUGCGAGGAGGAGAAGGCUUCAUUAUCUGCUAUUCCAUCACAGACCGCCAAUCCUUUCAAGAAGCUACUGAGUUUAAGGAACUCAUUUAUCGUGUUCGGCACACCUAUGACAUCCCCUUGGUGCUGGUGGGAAACAAAAUAGAUCUUGAAGAGUUCAGACAA